AUGAAGGAGGUUUCUGUUAUCCCGUUUUCCCCCCUCCUGCCAAACAUCACUCGACAACCCUUCCUCAUCCCAGGACCCCCAGACUCUUCCAAUAGUGACGCUGUAGUCUUGCAUCAAUUUCCUGGACCCCUGGAAAUUCCUCAGUCCUCAGAAGCAACCACCAGAUCUUACCACGUUGCUCCUGCACAGGUCUUUCCAUCCUCGUCACCUAUGAAUGUCUCGUCUUCUCCCAAUCCUGAUAGCCCCCUUGCUGCAUCCACCAACUCACCCAGUAUGCCACCUCUCGCCUUGGACGUCUCUGACAAUGGUAGCCUCAACCACGCUCCCAACCUACGGUUACUAGCUGACGCCAGCGAAUAUAUUACCGCAUCAGAAGGACACAGCAGCGAUCCUCAGGAAUUUUAUUGGCGAUCCAUCUCCUUCAACACCUCCACCCCUGUCCAAGAUGUCGAUCCCUUGGAACGCAUAUUACCUUAUUUCCCUGGAGCAUACACCACCACUGUUACUAGACCUCCUAUGGGCAUGCCCAUCGAUGGAAAUCCUGCAUUUGGAUUACGACAGGUCUCAACAACUGCAGCGGAUGUUCUUUGA